AUUGUGAAUUAUUGUAAGAAAAUUGAAAAAAAGUUGAAUUACUUUGGAUAAUUUUUCCUUAAAUAAAUUGUUUGAUUUUGCUUUGGGCGAAACGAUCAAGAGUAAUUCAAUAUAUACUCAAUGCUUUGAAAAGAAAUUCAUCUAUUUUUUAUUUUAAAUUAGCUAUCUAUUGGGUAUAAUUACAAAGAUAAACGCACCUAUUAUUUAAUUUUAACCGACCUUCCUAAAAACUUUUUUCAUUAAUCAAACAACUAGAAUAAACUUUGAGAAUCUAUCCCUAAUUCUUGUGAGAGACGGUAUCUUUGAGAGAUCAUUUCUAAUUGGGCCAGCCUAUCAUGUAUAUUUUAAAAUGUUAUAAGUAAGCAUUAAAAAUUAUGUAAGUAGACAUUUAUGAUAUUAAAAGUACGUAUUAAGGAUGCGAUAAGUAAGCAUCAAAGAUAAUAGGAUAAUAUAAAUAAACAAUAAAAUACACUAAGUAGACAUUAAUGUUUAAUAAGUUAGGUUUAACUCAAUUGAAAUAAAACCCAAUUUUCCAAAUGAGGCUUCUAUGGGCUAAGCACAAGUCUGCAAGACUGCAACCAAUGGUACCAGAAAUACAAGCAUUAGCCAAAUCUAAAUUCCUUGUCGUUUGCUCACCAUAUUCACACAAAACAUUUUUAGUAUGUUCUCCUGUAAACCUUGAAACCUACGAAAAUUUUCUUUUCAUUUCAAUAAUCCCUCAUAUCUACUCUCCAAUAAAACAAUAAUUCAUACAAAUGUUAUUGUAAAACUUGUACGGAAAAGUCAAAUGGGUAUUUUCAUUCCUCAAUUCCAAUUGAUUUGAGCAUGGCAAUGGAACUUACUGCUUCUCUUUCUUGCUUUACAUCUUCUCUAUCCCCCAUUCUCAAAUGCAGACAAAGUUACCUGAUAAGCUUAAGAUCGCGAUCCAUUGAACCUAAGAAGAACAGGAAACACUUAGCAACCACUAACGUUCGGCUAUGGAAGUUCAGGAAUGGUUUCAAAUCUACAGAGGAGCUUCAGAGAAGAAAAUGUUUCCCAACUAUAUCCGAAAAUUUCCUUCCAGAAGAAGUGAUCGAGGUGAAUGCUACUGAGACAGGAGAGUUGCCUGUUGACUUUUCUGGUCAUUUGGAUGAUGAAGUCUCUUCUACUAAUUUGCAUGAAGGCGGUGGAAAGCCUGGAUUUGUUUCAUUUUAUAACCCUCGUCUUACAAUUGCGAAUGAAGUUCCUCCACCAAAUGUGAGGAAGAAUCAGAACAGCCUUUUAUGGUUUGCUGGCCCUGCAAUUCUCGUUGCCUCAUUCAUUCUUCCAUCACUAUAUUUGCGCAGGAUAAUUUCUUUAAUAUUUGAAGAUUCCCUUUUGACAGAUUUCCUCAUAUUAUUUUUCACGGAGGCUCUCUUCUACUGUGGAGUUGCAGUUUUCCUCCUCAUUAUUGACUUUCUCUGUAGUUCUGGUAAAAACAUUUCUGCUAACAGCAGUUAUGGAAGGCUAACAUCCCAUAUGGGGCAUCGUAUUUCUUCAGUUGCUGUAUUGGUUCUUAGUCUUAUUAUACCAAUGGUAACUAUGGGUUUUGUUUGGCCAUGGACUGGCCCUGCGGCAUCAGCUGCUCUAGCACCUUACUUGGUUGGCAUCGUUGUACAGUUUGCAUUCGAGCAGUAUGCAAAAUAUACAAAGUCACCGUCAUGGCCAGUCAUUCCAGUUAUAUUCAAGGUGUAUAGAUUACAUCAACUAAAUCGAGCAGCACAACUGGUCACUGCUCUAUCUUUUACGGUUAGAGGAGCUGAAAUGACUCCACACAACCUGGCCAUAAAUAAUUCCUUGGGUACCCUGUUGAGUGUUCUCCAGAUUCUUGGUCUCAUCUGUAUUUGGUCUCUCUCGAGUUUUCUUAUGAGGUUUUUUCCUAUUUCCGCAUUGGAGCAAUGAGGUAACAACGAAAUAAAGAUUUUCUUCGUCAAUUUUUUCAGUUUUUAGCCAUGAGCUUGUCAUUAAUUUCAAACUGUGUAUAUAUCAUGUUUUUGAGCCCGGUAUUCUAUUUGAGAUAGAAAGCAAAAGGGGCUUACAUGUCCUUUAUGACAGCUAUAAGCUGCUGCACUUCACUGCAAACUUGUACGGGUAAUGAAAGUUGACAGGCACCAAGCGCUCAGCCCAGAACAUCUCCCCUGCCCCCCAUAAAGAAACGCUUAGGAAAGGAAAAUGGAUAUUAUGUAAUAUUGUUUGUACAUUUAUUGGCUAUUUGCCUAUUGCUUAUAUUCUGAUACAUAAUUUCUUGAUU